CCUUCUUCCAAGUUGCAAGUAAAAUACAAAGUUGAUGGAUAUGGCUAAAACAAAAUUCCUUCAAAGACAUCUCAGCAAAGGACUCACAGCAGAUGCAUUCAUGUUAUUUACAACAUCAGGAAACCAGGUGGGCCAUCAUGGGACAAUCACAAUGGCAGGAGCUCGGCUGAAACCUGCAGGGUUCCAAUGCAGAGUAUUGGGGCAGUAUACAUGCUGCUGUUUUAACAGACUUCAGACCCUGUCUGCAUCACUCUGGGUGUCAAUAAAGUCAACUAAUGAACUUGACAACCCUGGACAAAAGAAGCUGCAAAAUCUGCAUGCAUCCCAGUCUAGACUUACAUGUUUUCGUGAGAAAAGAAUGGCACAGCACAGGCUAUCUCUGCAGCACAUAAGCACAGCCAGCCAGUGGGCUUGGGCUACCAAGCACUGCAGACAGCAGCAGUUGGUGGCCUGCAGCCUUCUCGUCACGUGCAAGUUCUCAGAGUCUGGCACAUGGAGUUUGUGCCGUGUUUCUGUUCACCCUGGCUGCCACAGACAUGUUCCCUCUACCAGCAGCUUGUAUCUCUACUGCUACAUUAAGCCUGCCUAUCAGCAACCCCCAGUAUAGUGUAAGAUUUCUGAGGACAAGAUCUACAGAAACCCAAUACACAGGGAACACUGCUUUGCUGAGCACAGGCCUGAUGCAUACUACAGAAAUGACGUUAGACAAAAAGCAAAUUCAAGCGAUUUUCUUAUUUGAGUUCAGAAUGGGUUGUAAAGCACUGGAGACAACUCGCAACAUCAACAAUGAAUUUGGCAAUGCAUUUGAUGGUUCAAGAAGUUUUGCAAAGGACACGCAAGCCUUGAAGAUGAAGAGCUUGGUGGCUGGCCAUCAGAAGUUGACAACGACCAACUGAGAGCAAUCAUCAAAGCUGAUCCUCUUGGAACCCUACAGGAAGUUGCUGAAUAACUCAACAUCAACCAUUCUACAGUCUUUUAAAGCAAAUUUGAAAGGUGAAAAAGCUCAGUAAGUGGGUGCCUUAUGAGCUGAGAGAAAAUUUUUUAAAAAAUCAUUUAAGUGUCAUCUUCCUCCACUUCUACGCAACGAACCAUUUCUCAAUCGGAUUAUGACAUGCAACCAAAAAUCGAUUUUAUAUGAGAAUCAGCAAUGACGAGCUCAGUGGUUGGACCAAGAAGCAGCUCCAAAGCACUUCCCAAAGCCAAACUUGCACCAAAAAAAGGUCAUGGUCACCGUUUGGUGGUCUGCUGCCGGUCUGAUCCACUACAGCUUUCUGAAUCCCAGCGAAACCCAUUAUAUCUGAGAAGUAUGGCCAGCAAAUCAACAAGAUGUACCCCAAACAGCAAUGCCUGUAGCCAGCAUUGGUCAACAGAAAGAGCCCACUUCUCCAUGACAACACCCAACCACACACUGCACAACCAACGCUUGAAAAGUUGAAAAAAACUGGGCUACAAAACUUUGCCUCAUCCGCCAUGUUCACCUGACCUCUUGCCAACCGACUACCACUUUUUCAAGCAUCUCGACAACUUUUUGCAGGGAAAAUGCUUCCACUGCCAGCAGGAUGCAGAAAAUGCUUUCCAAGAGUUGUUGAAUCUAGAAGCACGGAUUUUUUUCACUACAUGAAUAUACAAACUUAUUUCUC